UGAGUCAGCUCUGUGGUCUCCCAGCAACACAGUGUAAAUAACUCGGUGUUCUUUCUGCAGGCUAAAGCGCAAGAGAGUGGAGGAGAAAUGAAUGAAACACUGGUUUGAUGCUGGUUAUUUAAUGAACUAGCUGAAGGGAACGUUAGGUGCAUCCUGAAAGCGACAAACAAGGCUAAAUUACAGAUCACACAGACAGCUGAUGGUUGCAGACUAGCCAAUGGGGUUGUUUGACAAGUUGGCAGGAUGGCUGGGGCUGAAGAAAGAGGUGAAUGUGCUGUGUCUUGGCCUGGACAACAGCGGAAAAACCACCAUCAUCAACCACCUCAAGCCCUCUAAUGCCCAGGCACAAGACAUUGUCCCAACCAUUGGUUUCAGCAUAGAGAAGUUCAAGACAUCCAGUCUCUCCUUCACAGUGUUUGACAUGUCUGGUCAAGGCAGAUACAGAAACCUCUGGGAGCAUUACUACAAGGAAGGACAGGCUAUCAUAUUUGUCAUUGAUAGCGCAGACAAACUGAGGAUGGUUGUGGCCAAAGAAGAACUGGACACGUUACUAAAUCAUCCUGAUAUUAAACACAGGAGGAUCCCCAUCCUGUUCUUUGCAAACAAGAUGGAUGUCAGGGAUGCUCUAUCUUCUGUCAAGGUCUCACAGCUGCUCUGUUUGGAAAACAUCAAAGACAAACCCUGGCACAUCUGUGCCACAGAUGCUCUGAAAGGAGAAGGAUUACAGGAGGGAGUCGACUGGUUACAAGAUCAAAUAAAAACAAUGAGAACAUGAGGACCUGAGGAAGGACACGCUGGAAGUAACAGCAUCCACGGACGUCUUUUUAUGAAAGAUCUGUUGACCGUGUUUCCAGAGGUACAAUGGGAUAGUAAUGUUUUUUAAUAGGGUAUUUACAUGGUUUUUGGAUGUGUGUAAUUGAGUGGAAAAAUUAGAAGAUAAUUUGAUCCUCUGGUACAAGUAAGAACACUAGAAAUGCAUCCACAGACAGUCAAUUGAGCAACUUUAGAUCAUUUAUUUUGGCUAAGUUCUUAUUUUCUGUACAGUUUUAUUGAGUUUAAACUGAUAAAUACAGGUGUUCAAAGGAACAAAAACAUUUUAAAAAUUCUGCUUCCACCUACAACAUUCCCCCCGCUAUUUUUCAUUAUUUUUGUGUACCAGAGGUCAUGAUAAACUAUAGCUGCUCUUAAAUAAGUCAUUGUGGUUGGUGCUGUCUUUCUUUUAAGCAGCAUUAAAUCCUGAGAAGUCUUGAAGAAAAGACAUGAUUUUGGCUGCCGUGUUAUAUUGCAUGUUUUAGCCCUUACAUUACCCCCCUGUCAGACAAAUGGUAUGUGCCAGUUUCCCUAAAGAAACAAGCUUAACAGUCAGUUGAUUCCAUCUCUUUACACCGGCUCACCAUUACUAAUAUUAGCUAUGGUGUAGCCAUAUGUGCUAUGAUUAUAUUUAUUUCCUCUGCACCUUUACAGCAUGGGAUAAAUGCUCUUGCGAGCUGGUGACAGCCUGUCUCAAGCCAUCAUGCAUCAUUCUAAAAACCAUUGGCAGAAUGGAAAAAAAAACGUGAUUUUUGUAUGUACUGAGCUAAAACAUUCACAGUGUCCUGUAAGGAAAAUUGUUUCCACCUCUGAAAUAUGCCAAAUGCUCCAUUUCAUUUUCUUUUUUCUCAUCUCUCAGGGCCUCUGUAGAUAUAUUGUUCAGUCAAGUGUCAUUUACUUCUUCUGCAGAGGCAAAUUUUCUGGUAUUUAUUUGACUUCUACCAAAAAUCUUCAUGCAUUCCAGUUUACAUCGCCUUUCUCAAACUUGCAUAUAGCCAUCUCAUUAAAACUAUAUCUUAACUGCAGCUAAUACUUCAUGUAGCUCUGCUCAUGUUUGGUUGACAUUGCUCUUUUUUAGUAGCUGUGAAAAUAUAUUUUGCAUAUCGAAUAUCAUAAUUGUAACUAAUUCAGUGUUUUCUAGGAUUAAGUAGAUUCUGUGGUACAUGUUACUUGUGGCUGAGUGAAUAUAUAUAGUAGUCAACUUAGCUGUAACAAGUGAUAAAACGUUGUCAUAAAUGAAUGUCAAGUUAGUUAGCCUGUAAAGUUUGUUUAAAAGUUAAAACUUCUCUUUACAAAGCUAAUUUCCAACUAGUAAUUUUAUCUUUGCCUUAUUUUGUUGCUCAAAGAAAAAAAUCUAUAUUUAAACAAACUGCUUCUCACAAUUAACUCAUAGUAAUUUCAGUUAUUCAAAGGCAGACAACUAAAAAAUAAACAUCUGCUCUGUCUCCACAAAGUUUCUAAUGCAAGUUUUUGUCCUGAAAGCUUGUGUCAAAACAUCACAGAUCACAUUGUGGUUGCUUCUUUUUUGUCUGAUUGGAGUUUGCCAAUCUCCAUCACCUCAACCAAGCUUUUUAGCAAAUAAAGAGGUGUUGCACUGUUUUUGAAUAGUUUCAAGGCAAAAGGAAAUAACUGACAUUUGUUAUACAAUCUUUUAAGAUGAUAGUCAUUUUAUAUACUCUGGUAUAUUGUUUAUAAAUGUCUUAUCUGUAAACUCUGUUUUAGUACUAUAAACAUCACAAAUUGCAGAAACUACAACUUGUAACACUCCAAAAAUGAUUGUUUCCCCCACUAACAUUUGAAACUGAAGUGAAUAUGGACAGAAAAUAUCAGGGUGAGAUUAAUAUUUGGAGCUCCUUCAGGAGUGUAUGAUACGGCUUUAUACAGUAAAUCUAGCAUCUUUGAUUGACAGUCAUGUUUUGAAAAAAGACUUUGUUCAUGGUUUCAAAUGUUAAAUGUAGAAUGUAUUACAAGUUUAUGGAUGAACAGGACAAAAUGAUUCCUCUUAGUUUUGGGAAUUUUUAAAGUUUGGAAUGAUGAAGAGUCAGUUCAUGGUUAUGGUUCAUCAGGUCGGUUCAACAGAUUUACCAACCAGAGAAAACUUCACAGGUGCAUCUCAUUUAGAGUAACAUAAAGUUUGUCCCUAUCAGACAGUUUGAAAUGUUUUUACCCUGAAAGUUGUAGAUCAUGUAGUGUUUCCACUGCAAGGAAACAUUUCCAGUGAAAACAGGACCUUGUUACUUGAAUCAGUGUCUCUGGGGACAGUGUCCUUUUUACUGCCACUGGGUGACACCCAAGUCCAAAAUAUUCAAAUCGUAGAUGGUGGAUUCAAGGGCACCACAUUGAUUUGGUUUUUUUUGCAAUAUAUUGUCUAUUACUAAGUGGGGAAUAUUUCAGAGUGGUGAUUUACUGGGAGACGUUUGGUCAACGUUCAUAACCUCCAGACAUCUUACUUCACAUUUUCAAAACAAGGAAAAGGUCCUUGUGAGAUCAUGUUUCAUAUCCUUCAGACAUCUAUUUCAAAACAAGGACUGUCCAAGCACUUAUUCACUUCUGCUUCAUAGACAUUAUAGAUUCUUCUUUCAAACCGUAUCAUCAGAUGAGUUACAUGUAUUUUGUUUUUACACUGUAUGUGUUGAUUUUCAAAGAAUAAAUGCAGUGGAAAACAAA